AUGGCCUGCAGAGGCUGCAUGCUCCUGCUGCUCGCGGCCUUGGUGGUGUCCUGGGUGGGACCUGAGAAGCUGGGUGAGCUCGGGGCGCUGCAAGCCCCACCGAGCACACAAACGGAUGCGGACCCAGAGGAAGGUCCCUGCGGCUUCCGCGCCGGCCACAUACUCGUCGUGGGUGGAGUGGCGACGUCGCGGGGCCGCUGGCCGUGGCAGGCGGCGCUGCACGAGGUGGAGCACCGAGCGCUGUGUGCGGGGAGCCUGCUGAACCGCCGCUGGCUGCUCUCGGCUGCGCACUGCUUCACCAAGUUCCCUGAUGCCUCUAAAUGGAUUGUCCAGCUGGGUGAGCUCACUCUCUACCCAUCUGCCUGGAACCUACGCGCCUACCUCAACCGGUACAAGGUGAAGGACAUCUUCAUACACCCUAAAGCCAAAGGGCAAACCAAUGACAUUGCCCUGCUGAAGCUGGCCUCCCCUGUCACCUACACCAAGUACAUCCAUCCAGUCUGUGUCCAGGCCGCCUCCUCCUCCACAUUCCUGCACCGGUCUGACUGCUGGGUGACUGGCUGGGGCGUUCUCCACGAGGACCUGACACCUCUGCCACCUCCCUACUACCUCCGGGAAGCACAGGUCACCAUCCUGAACAACACCAGGUGCAACUACCUCUUCAAACAGCCCACUGCACUUAGUAGAAUCAAAGAGUCAAUGUUUUGUGCUGGUGCAGAGGAUGGCAGCACAGACUCCUGCAGAGGUGACUCAGGAGGACCCUUGGUCUGUGACCUGGAUGGGCUGUGGUAUCAGAUUGGAAUCGUGAGCUGGGGAGUGGGUUGUGGUCGCGCCAAUCGGCCUGGAGUCUACACCAAUGUCAGCCACCAUGUCAACUGGAUCUUGAAGACAGUAGCCCUCAAUGGCUCACCCAGGCCGGACCUCUCCCCACUGCUGUUGCUCCUCACUCUGCCUUGGGCUGCCCAGCUCCUGGGCCCCACCUGACUUAGGGAGAUGCAUCUGGGGUCACAGUGCUUGCU